UGCACUCACAAAUUUGAGAUAUUCAUAGUUCACAAUAUCGACUAAGUCCUUGAGAGUAGAGAUAAACAGAUAUCUUGGUGUUGGUACACACAAAUGGCGUCUGUCCAUUGUUCUUCACGUCCAUCCCAAGUUGUUCUAGGGUUUCAUCGUCCCCUUCACACACCUCAACCUUCCUUCAAUACCUUCCACCGUGCCUUUCCUACCCACUUCAAUUUCAGAUUCAACAAUGUUGUGAGUGUGCAUCUAAGGCAGAGACUACUACCUGUAACAAGAUCAAACACCAAACCUUCAGGAGAAUCAGAAAAAAGCAGUGAUGCAUCAGGCCCACCAUUAGCCACCAUUUUGGCUGGUCUCUUAGUCUUUUGUGUGGUUGGUUGGAUCGUAGGAUCUAUUGUAAUGUGGCUUAUAAGUCUAAUAACUAACUUCCCUCCAUCGAAAUAAAACUAGAACAUGCAAUGUAGUUUGUUUGCCCUUUACUCACUAGCUAGACAAAGCCAUCUUUAGGUUGCAGCCUAAAUAUUGAUGCUUUCCUUUAUGUUACCAAGCAUGAGAUUAAUACUGAGUUGCUUAUUUGGCUUUGGUUA